AUGGCCAUGGUUGUGGCACGCCACCUGAUCUGCCUCGUGUCGCUUGUCACAGUGUUGGCUAUUAUGGAAGGGGUUCAGGUCAUCGGCGCUUAUUAUUCGUGGCAGGCCAAAGAGCCACUCUCUGCGUCCUCGGUUAUGUCCGUCCUUCCUAUUGUGGAACUUCCUGCUCUGUAUGACACGGCAUCGGAUAAUGACGUUUCUUCAUCUGCGACAUUGAGCCCCCAAGAACCAAUAAAAUUGACCGGUGUCCUAUACGAUUCAGUGAGGAAAGAUGGAUCACCAGAGGAACCAAAAUCCGCGGAACACGAAGACGAGGUUGCCAUCGUACCCUUGGUAGCUACCGACGACUAUUCAGAGUUAGAGACGACGGACCGCAUCGGAAUCCCUUACUCGUUCCCCUCGGAUCUAUGGGACGAAACCGAUUUACCUACUUCUGUUCGAACCGCCUUGACUCCUCUCAGUCAUUCUCUGGAUGGCACAAAAUUGCUCAACGCGGUAUCGCCUUCGACGCUAAGCACUGCGACCAUCGCUUCGACUCAGAGUGCAAAUGGCGUGCUGAAACACAAAAUUCAACAGCUCUUCCAUAACCACAAAUCAAUCUUGGCAGAAAAGCCAAAGCAAGACACAGCUCAAGAGACUAUUGUCAAGCGACGAAAGUUGGCAUCCAGCUGGCGUUUUAAGAAAGCACCCAAACGCAUCGAACCUUUGGCAAACCGUCGCAAGAAAUCGUUUGAUGAACUUACCAUCGUUGUUGAACCGACCAAAUCCUUUGGUAUGAAGACACAGCUCAAAAAAUCGCCUAUCGCAAAAAAGCUUUUCGCCAAAUGA